GCACGCGGUGCAGGUUCUCGUGGAUUUUUCCCAACUAGCUAGAGCCACAGCCACAGCAAUGGAAGCUCUCGCCUCGUCGCCGCGGGCUCUCUUCGCCCGCACCGCCAGUCCGACCACGGCGCUGGCCACGCCAGCAAGAUGGACGCCGUCAUCGACCAGGCGUGUCAAGGCCGCCGCCGCCGCCGAGCCGGCCGGCGAGGCCAAGCCGGCUGCGGCAGCCGCGUCGCCGGCGCCCAAGAAGAUCCUCAAGAAGAAGCCCGUCUACUCCAUGAAGAAAGGACAGAUCGUGCGAGUCGAGAAAGAGAAGUACCUGAACAGCAUCAAUUACCUGUCAGUGGGGCACCCACCCUUCUACAAGGGGCUAGACUACAUAUACGAAGACCGUGGCGAGGUUUUGGACAUCAGAAUCUUCGAAGAAACCGGAGAGUAUGCUCUGAUCGCGUGGGUAGGGAUUCCAACACCACCAGCAUGGCUCCCAACUUAUAUGCUCAUCAAGUCAGACAAACUCGACUAUGAGAGGAUAUGAUCGCCGGAUGAGAGAUUGCGAGGGAGAACAAUGUUUUGUGCAUAAAUUGAUGUCGCUAUGUGGUGAUGUUGUGACAUUGCUCCAUGGAUACAAGAUUAAGCAGUUGUAAAUCAAAGAAACAAUAGUGAAAUAUAUCCAAAGUUGUUAUAUUUUAGCAUUUUAUUUUUCACCUUUUCAACGUUUGAUGUCGUUGACAAUCACAUACCACCUGUUUUAACCUCAGCAUGCCUGAAAUAAGACGCAUUUAAAUUA